CCAAACCAGGAAUGGGAUGAAAGUUUUGAAAUGAUAGAAUGACAAAUUUCGAUUAUCGAUAAAAACUCCAAGUCCAAGUCGAAACAGAAUGAACGAAUUUGCCUUUUGAUAUUUAUUUCGAAAAGUCCACAACCCGUAAUUGUUUACACAAUCUGCAAAGGAAACGCAAAUUGCAUUGUCACAGAGUCCAAGCGGGCAAAUGUUUUCGUAAAAUUGCACCAAGCUCCAUCAUCUUCGCUUGCGACUCCAAAUCAACCGAUCCAGCAGCUCACCUCCCACGCUCCGAUCCGAUCCAUCCACGCCCGAUUUCUCCCCCUCUUCCCGUUUCAUCUUCCAAUUCGAAUCUGAGUAUAUGAUUGGAACAGAGUCAAAGAUAAAUAUUUCUUCCUUGAGAUUCCAAGGCAUAGAAGCUUUCCACCGCAUGGGUAGAUAAAGGCCGUGUGUACUAGAUUGUAUGCUCUGUGAAUGGUAGCCAAAAAGGUUGGCUGUUGAGUUUGGAUUAUUGAUGGAGCAAAGAGUGCAUCUACGCGGUGGUGGCACACUUGAAGUUAUAUCUAGUCAGGGAGAUGUAGACAGAGAACAGGUUUUAGAGCCGUUUGAUAUUGAAAACGAAACCUGCAAGGAGACAAACCGCUCCAGCAGUUUUGAUGUUGGUUACAGUUCCGGUGCUAACACCCUCCAAACGUUGCCUACACCCUCCAAAGAUGCUAUCUCUCCAGCCGACAUCCUAAAAACACUAUUCUUUAUACUUGUAUGGUACACUUUCAGCACAUUUUUGACUCUGUACAACAAAACUCUCUUAGGAGAUGAUUUGGGGAAGUUUCCUGCUCCCUUGUUAAUGAAUACCAUUCAUUUUUCUAUUCAAGCGGUUUUGUCAAAGAUGAUAACGUGGUACUGGUCGGGAAGAUUUCAACCUGAUGUUACCAUGUCAUGGAGAGACUAUUUCAUUAGAGUUGUACCAACAGCACUUGCAACUGCUUUGGAUAUAAACCUAAGUAACGAGUCACUUGUCUUCAUAUCGGUUACGUUUGCAACAAUGUGCAAAUCAGCAGCCCCAAUAUUUCUUCUUUUGUUUGCUUUUGCCUUCAGGCUGGAGUCUCCAAGCCUGAAACUUUUUGGCAUUAUUUCAGUUAUCUCAGCCGGAGUGUUGUUAUCAGUUGCAAAGGAGACAGAAUUUGAGUUUUGGGGUUUCGUUUUUGUCAUGCUUGCUGCUGUCAUGUCUGGUUUUCGUUGGUGUAUGACCCAAGUUCUUUUGCAGAAAGAAACGUAUGGCCUGAAAAAUCCAUUCACAUUUAUGAGUUGCGUGGCACCAGUGAUGGCUAUAGUGACUGGUCUUCUUUCUCUCCUUCUGGAUCCAUGGAGUGAAUUUAGAGAGAACAGAUACUUCGAUAAUGGAGAGCAUUUUGCUCGAACUUGUUUCUUGAUGCUUUUUGGUGGAGCACUAGCUUUUUUCAUGGUGUUAACAGAGUAUGUUCUUGUUUCGGUGACCAGUGCCGUAACCGUCACAAUAGCAGGCGUCGUUAAAGAGGCUGUCACCAUAGUGGUUGCAGUGUUUUACUUCCACGACGAAUUUACGUGGCUGAAAGGUUUUGGUCUGAUGAUUAUCAUGGUUGGUGUCAGUUUGUUCAACUGGUACAAAUAUGAUAAACUACAAAAGGGGCACAAGACAGAAGAUGAUAAGCAGCUACAAGCUCCAAGUCAAACCGGAAAAUAUGUGAUUCUUGAUGAGACGGAUGAUCAAGAAAAUGGGCCUUGAGCAAUUUUUUUGUGUUGCAUCAGAAUCUCUGGUAACUCUUUAUAAACGAUCUCAUUAAACUGAGUUAUCUUCCUUUUUGCUGUGGAAACAUCAGAGAUUCGCAAGUCAAAUGAAUUCAAGUUUAUUCUA